UAACCAGAUGAACACUGCUUGGUAGAGAUUGUUCCCGCACCGUUGAGAACCCGGGACUCAACGCUGUUGUAGAUGAAGUUGGGCUGAGAGUGGGCCGUAAGGCCAGCUGCGUUGAGAGAGUAGUUGGCUAGACCAAAUGAUGUGUAGCAGAGACCUUUGUAUGGGCUUGGGGGUUGUUGUAGGUUGGCGGAGUUGAGGAGCACGCUCGCUGGGAUGUCGUCCUACUGUAUACAAUUGCCGUCAGCGCUUAUCAACUAUGCCUUGAAGGGGAAAGGAAACGUACACUGGCAUCGGUCUGCUUUGAAUUACGCUCCUCAAUGGGGCUUGGGAGGGCUUGGACGAAGGCCGAAAAGCUCGCCAGGAUAGCUGUCUCAAGGAACCGCAAGACGGGCGUAGUGUAUGCGACAACGUGGUGGUGUCGAAGGUUUGACGGGGCUUGCGGUAAAGGAAAGGAAUGCACUCCUUCCUACCUCAAGGGAAGGCCGACCUGUUCAUAUCUCACCACAUGGACGCCACGUAGUGAUCGUGGUGGCAUGCCGGACCUAUCCUGGGGAAGCUGAUGUCAGUAGUACAGGCUUCGUAGGUGAGCUAGCAAAAACUGCCUUUCGGCCUCCUGCAACCUCCUCAUACUGGCGAACCCGUUACCGGGUGCGCAGAUCGACUCGAUCGUCGCCGAAGAGAGACCUUACAGACCUACUCAACACUAACAUAUCGCUUUCCGAAUAGUUUGCCAACAACCUCGACACCUGCUUCUUCGAGAGCGUCGCUGUCGACUUGAAGCUGUGUCGUGGUGGGCUGUGUCGUAACCAGUACGGCUUGGUUCGCUUGAGGAUGGAGGGGUCUUAACCGUGAAAACAACACCGAUCUUCUUCGUCGGGUUGCGUCAGCUACACCGUUGGCAAACCCCUCAUUGAGGAUAGCGUUGAAGCGGUUGACGGACUGGUUGGCGAGGCAUUGCUAGCUAGCUAGUAGA